UAACUUUUUCCAAGACCUUUUUGCUCCCUAAUAUUUAUAUGUUCUCCGAGUUCCACGGCAGCCCACAUUGACAAGGGGGUGAAACCUUCCUUGGGUACCCAAGACUGCAUCUUUCUUCCAUCUCAGUUGCUACCCUUCCUUCCCCCAUCGCUCUUCUCUGCUUUGUUUCCUCUUUUCUCCGGAACACCAGCAUGUCUGGCUUAUAUACUCAUAGCUUCUCCCCUGCCAGAGUUGUCUCCCCGCAGAUAAGAAGCACAUCAGAUGUGGAUAGUCAGUACUUGGCAGAGCUGUUAGCAGAACAUCAGAAGCUUGGGCCUUUCAUGCAGGUUCUUCCUAUAUGUAGUCGCUUGUUGAAUCAAGAGAUAAUGCGAGUCUCAGGCAUGGUCUCCAAACAAGGGUUUGGUGACUAUAACCAGUUGCAUCACAGAAGUCCCAGUCCCAUGGCUACUUCUACCCUUAUUUCUAGUUCUGGGGUGACUGGUUAUGGUGGAUGGAGUGCGCUCCCACAGGAGAGAUUAGGUUUUCCCCAAGAAGUUGCAAUGAAUUGGCAAGGAACAUCAAUGUUUCCAAGUUCAUGCAUUGUAAAGAAAAUACUGCGUUUAGAAAUUCCAGUGGAUGCCUACCCUAAUUUCAAUUUCAUCGGGCGCCUUCUUGGACCCAGGGGCAAUUCGUUAAAAAGAGUUGAAGCAUCAACUGGAUGUCGUGUUUACGUUAGAGGAAAAGGUUCAAUAAAAGAUCUUGGCCAGGAGGAAAUACUGAGGGGAAGACCAGGUUAUGAACACUUGAAUGAUCCAUUGCAUAUCCUUGUUGAGGCCGAGUUACCUGCAAAUGUUAUUGAGGCAAGAUUGAGACAUGCACAGGAAGUGAUAGAAGAAUUGCUGAAACCAGUGGAUGAAUCACAAGAUUACUAUAAGAGGCAACAGCUUCGAGAAUUAGCUGUGUUGAACUCAGGUUUAAGAGAUGACAGUCCUCAUCCAACCGGCAGUGUUUCUCCGUUCAAUAAUGGAAUGAAACGAGCCAAAACAGCACGAUAGGGUCAUUUUUCCUCUCUGACACUUUCAACUCACUCUCGUCUUCCAAUCAAUUCCUUGUAAACUUGGCUUCUACAAAGGAGUUGGAAUAUGCAGCCAGUUUAUGAUGAUCUACUCAAAAUCUUAUGAUAGAAAGAAGGUUUUGCAGUCUCUGAGGUAGCAACUGUUGCUGAAAUCUAUGUUCAAUGAUGCUAAGCUACAUUUUUUGUAAACCUAGAACAUUCAUUUUAUUUAUUUUCUCGGGUUUGUACUGAUUUGCUAGUAGUGUCAUGGAUGAGCAAAUGAACAAUGUCUGAGGAUAAAUGUCUUUGUUGUUUUAACUGACUUUGGUCAUGUUAUAAUUAUUAUGUGGCAGUAUUAGUAUUUUAGUGUUCA